AUGGGAGCGGCAUUAACAAGAGCAGCUCAAUGGACUUCUACUGGAUUUGGAACUUGGACCUUAGAAUUUACCCCUUUAAACGUGGCUAUUCUAACGGACAUUGCCAAGUUUGUAGAGUCUUUCAGUGUUAAACAUCCCCAGGAAGCAUCCUUUGUUUUCCAAGAGCCACUUCAAUGGAAGACAACCCUGGAUCCUUCAGCAUUUGAGUCAAGUUACACUGUCAGUGGAACAACAAUCCAAUCACAAGAAACUUCCCAAGAUGGGCAGCCACUGCUGCUUUUGACUGUACCUGAUAUUAAAGUCAGGAGCUUUGGUCAACUGUCGCGCCUGUUACAUCUUGCCAAGGAUAAAAAACUGAAAGAAACACAAUUAUGCCUUGAAGUUAAUAGAGACCCUAUAGUGAAAAUUUUGGGCCCAGGAUAUGGCACAGUGGAAAGAGGAAAAGAGGUUAUGUCUACAGUACAUUUCUUAGAUGAAAUGAAAAAAGAUGAAGAUCCUGAAUGUAAUAUUAAAAUGGAAAUUUCACUUCUGCUGCAACAACUGGACAUGUACCUGCUCAAUAAUUCUCUGAAUCAUAUCUCUUUGGAAAUACAUUUAAAUCCAUCCCCCAUUAAGGAUGAUGUAGAUCUGCUCAAGCGUUUCUCAGGAAAAGGAGAUCAAACAAUUUUGGAAUAUAUCGACUACACAUCAGACUUUGAAUUUGCAAAUGGGUGUCGGGCCCCACCUUGGAGACAGACUUAUGGGGAAAUUUGUUACUUGAUCGUGAAACCACAUGACUGCGAUAGAAUGUGGCUGACUUGUAGCACAGCAGGAAUUUUUAUAAAUGGUGGUUUGAAAAAGGAAGCAGAGGAAAUUGACUAUGAGAGGCAGAGCGACAUAUAUAAAGAUCUGGUCUCAUUUUUACGAGAAAGAUCACCAACAUUUUCAAGAAAUUUGUCAAAACAGGAUAUUUCAUUUCUUGAAGACAAAAAAAAGGAAAAGAAGAAAGUUACCUAUGAACCUGAAAUAGAAGUAGCACCAAAUGUUUCAAAAAUGUCUAUGCCUUUAGAAAAGACUCCAUCGGAAAAAAAACGCGCAGCUAGGAAACUAGAACCCAGUUUAAAAUGGACAAGCAGCAUUUCUACGUCAGACAAAAAAGAUGCAACAAAAGAAUCCCAGGAUGAGAAGUCAAUCCCAUCAUCUUCAGAUAAAAUAAAAUCAUCAUCUCCUUCAACUUCACCUGGAAAAGCUCAGUCUCCAAGACGUAAAAGUUCGGUUAAGAUAGAGGACUUGAUUAGUGAAAGUUCCUCAGAAAGUGAGGAGGAUGAAGAGCAGCCUGGUCAUGGUCAGGAAGGACAAACAGAUUUACCCUCUGAAUACUGGCAAAUUCAGAAACUUGUAAAGUACUUAAAGGGAGGAAAUCAGACAGCUACAGUAAUUGCAUUAUGUUCAAUGAGAGAUUUCAACUUGGCCCAAGAAACCUGUCAGCUGGCUAUUAGAGAUGUUGGGGGUUUGGAAGUCCUAAUCAAUUUGCUUGAUACAGAUGAAAUCAAAUGUAAGGUCGAGCUGUUGGACUAUGCCCAAAGCACCCCAGACCACUCUCACCGCUCUUUUCAUUAUGAGACCAAGGAUGUAGAAGUGGCCCGAUGUGGGGCUUUGGCACUGUGGAGCUGCAGUAAGAGCCAUGCAAACAAAGAGGCGAUCCGGAAAGCAGGGGGCAUCCCUCUCUUGGCUCGCUUGCUGAAAUCUUCUCAUGAGGACAUGUUAAUUCCUGUUGUAGGGACUUUGCAAGAAUGUGCGUCAGAGGAAAACUACCGUGCAGCCAUCAAAGCAGAGCGGAUUAUUGAAAAUCUGGUGAAGAACCUAAAUAGUGAAAAUGAAGUUCUUCAGGAGCAUUGUGCCAUGGCCAUCUAUCAGUGUGCUGAAGAUGAGGAAACUCGGGACCUGGUUAGGCUCCAUGGCGGCCUUAAGCCACUUGCAGCUCUGCUUAAUAACACAGACAAUAAACAACGUCUAGCCGCAGUCACGGGAGCCAUAUGGAAAUGUUCAAUCAGCAAAGAGAAUGUGACAAAAUUUCGAGAAUACAAGGCGAUUGAAACACUGGUAGGACUUUUAACUGAUCAGCCUGAAGAAGUGCUUGUGAAUGUAGUUGGAGCUUUGGGAGAAUGUUGUCAAGAACAGGAAAACCGAUAUAUUAUCCGGAGAUGUGGUGGCAUUCAGCCACUUGUUAAUUUGCUUGUUGGAACAAACCAGGCUCUCCUUGUGAAUGUUACAAAAGCAGUGGGUGCUUGUGCAUCGGAACCGGAAAGCAUGGUGAUAAUUGAUCGCUUAGAUGGAGUCCGCUUGUUAUGGUCCUUGCUGAAAAAUCCUCAUCCAGAUGUUAAGGCCAGUGCUGCUUGGGCUCUCUGUCCCUGCAUUGAAAAUGCAAAGGAUGCUGGAGAAAUGGUUCGUUCCUUUGUUGGUGGCCUGGAGCUUGUUGUCAAUUUACUGAAAUCAGAAAACAAAGAAGUCCUGGCGAGCGUAUGUGCUGCAAUCACCAAGAUAGCAAAGGAUCAAGAAAAUUUAGCAGUUAUAACAGAUCAUGGUGUUGUCCCUUUGUUGUCCAAACUUGCAAAUACAAAUAAUGAUAAACUGAGGCGGCACCUCGCCGAAGCAAUUUCUCGCUGCUGCAUGUGGGGCAGAAAUAGAAUCGCCUUCGGAGAACACAAAGCCGUGGCCCCUCUAGUGAGGUACCUGAGAUCCAAAGACACCAAUGUCCACCGAGCCACUGCCCAGGCACUGUACCAGCUCUCAGAAGAUGCCAACAAUUGUAUCACUAUGCACGAAAAUGGAGCGGUAAAGCUUUUACUGGAUAUGGUUGGCUCUCCUGAUGAAGUCCUGCAAGAAGCUGCAGCUGGUUGUAUUGCAAACAUCCGUAGGCUGGCUCUAGCAACAGAGAAGGCAAAAUAUAGUUGAAGUCUGAACAGAUUUUACUAGGUACUAAAUUUUAUGUGACACUGAACAUGUGAUUUCAUGGCCAGGCAGCAUAAAUAGGGAGGCAUUUAUUAGCAAUCCCUUUUUAAAAAGAAGAAGAAAAGAGGGGGGAAAAAGGCAAAUGCCUAAAUGAAAACACACAAAUUAAAGAAGGAAAGGAUGCUUUUUAAGCUAAAAAGGGCACGCAUCCUUUUAGUCAACUUAGUGUGUUGCAGGAUGCCAGUAACAUAAACCCAUCCCUAUUAAAAUCUAUGACGAUUUCCCCUGAAAAUAACCCCAAUUUUUCUAAAAUAUUCAUGUCAGUGAUGCUUUUAUAUGUCUGUGAUUUUAGUAAAGAUGUGGCCUGCAUUUCAUGCAGCU